AUUUGAUUUAAAAUAUCAAAUCAAAUUUAAAUUGAUUUAAAUUUAUAUCCGAUUCGAUCCGGUCGGAUCCAUUGCCAAGCUUACCGUCAAAGCUUCCCUGCUCGGCCGCUCCAAGCCUCCGACCCAAUUGAGACUCUGAGGGCGGAAAAAAGAGAGCGGAAACCGGGGGAAAGAGAAGGAAAAAACAACGAAAACAAAGGGGAGUACCAACGUAAAACCCUUGCCAUCGUCCAAGCUUCACUAUUCGGCCGCUCCAAGCCUCCACCGAUCGAGACUCCCGAGCACGGAAAAACUAGAGGAAAAACGGGGAAAACAGAAGAAAAAUCAACGAAAACAAAGGAAAGACGGAAAAAAUUAACAGGAAUCGGUUAAACUGAGAACUUAUCAACCUUGGAUGAAGAUGGCCCUCUACAUGGAUUAACUGCAAGAACUUUAAGUUUACUAAAUUGCAGGAGUGAUAUAAAAGCUAUACUGAAAGAUUGGAGGCGAUAUUUGAGACUUUCCUUAGGUGAACAUCUUUGUCCAUUAGUAAAUUGGGUAGCAUAUGAUGAAGGGUGCAGCAGACAGGAUCUUACAUCAUCCAAAGUGGAAGAAAGUAGCCUAUGGAGGAAUGCAGCCGGGGUAUGAUGAUAACUAUACCGAUGAGUCAUUCCUUGAAGCAAUGGUUAUGAAUGCUAAUGUUGUAAAGAGGGAUCUGUUUAAGGUGAUGCAAGACUCUGUUUCCAUAUCUCAGUAUCUUUGCAUCGUUGCUCUUGUGAUUUCUGUCUGGAUUCAUACAUUGGGUUCAGUCAUUGAUGAGACCUCUCUGCUUAAACUGGAUGUUGGCCUUCUAGCACUCGGCUUUUCUGUUCUUUUGCUGACAACAAGUCAGCUUUCUCAGCAGCUUCUCUCUCGAUAUCUUCUUAACAUUUCCUUCUUCAUUAGUGGCUUGUACAUUUUAGCGCCUGUAUAUCACACACUCACCAGGUCUAUCAGUUCAGACUCUAUAUAUGCACUCACCGUGUCACUUCUUGUGGUCCAUCUCUUCUUGCACGACUACUCUGGUUCCACAAUAAGACCUCCUGGUGCUCUGAACAACCCAACCUUGGCCAGUAACAUUUCUUUGAAUGCAUCAAUAGUAGCUUCAGUUCUAGUGGCUUCUCGCCUCCCAUCUAGGCUUCAUGUCUUUGCCAUCAUGUUCUUUUCUUUGCAAAUCUUUCUUUUUGCACCACUCAUCACAUUCUGCAUUAAGAAAUACUCCUUCAAACUGCAUAUGUGGUUUUCGUUUGCAUUGAUGGUUAUGACCUUGAGUGUUGUAUUCCAGUUGCAUCGUAUGCUCUUUGUUCUUUUGCUGGGUCUUCUGGUUUUUGUAUCAGUUGUUUGCCCUUACUGGCUUAUAAGGAUACAGGAAUACAAGUUUGAGAUAAAUGGUCCCUGGGAUGAAGCUAAGCUCUGCUUUGAUAUAACUGAGUGAGAACCAGUAUUCCUGCACUUCCUGCAAUAUUUCAUUGGAGGCAUGUACAAAAUGGGUUAGAAAGCUAUAUGCCACUUUAAUGUAUAGAUCCUGCGGUAAAAUGUCUAUACCAUUUGUAUCAUUUUUUAUUAUUAUUAUUAUUUUCAUGCUGCUGUAAUGCUACUAGAAAGCAACUAAUUAUUUUCCUAUUGUAUGUAUAGAAGCAUCACAAUUAUUCAACAGUGAUAUUAUACUCUUGGGUGGUGCACUUUCAACAAA